GGGCUGUGGUAGAGGUAGGAGGUAGCUGCUCCGCGGGCCCGCAUCACCCUAGUGACCUCCCCCCCCACUCUUGGGACCCCCCCUCUCUCUUCAACCCCCUACACCUGCUUAUGUGAUUUUCGACCUGACACUCGUGUAUAUCUUGAUGACCAGAGCGUCGUGUACCAAGAUGUGUUGGUCGGGCUGGUGAGGGUUGGUGACCCCUGCAGCAUUCGGGAGUCCAGUGCCUUUGAGUUGAUACGCUCAGUGACCUCCUGGUGCGUCGUGACCUAACCUCACCUCUCACGCGUCGCUCUCUCUGACCUUUGACCUUCUAUACGUCACUACGAAGUACCCUGACCUGUGCUAUUCUUGACCCGUGGAAGAGAAGAAUAUAACAUGGGUCACUCAGCCGUGUACUGUGACUCCUCGGGUGAACUUUCAAGUCUCUUGAUAUUUCACUCCUAGCAGUGGUGACUCGAACCAUUUUUUUCUGUGUUAGUCUGUGACCUCUCAGUCGCCUCUCUUGACCUCAUCUGACCCCACGUGUCAUCUGUCCCACAUGACCUUCACGUCGUGGGAGUUGUGAGGAACUUACAACAAUUGUGCUCAAAAGUUUGUGUGAUGCUCAAUGGUUGAGGCGGUGAUGUGUGUGUUAGUGAGGGGCAGCCAGUGUUCAGUGUUAGUACAGUGAGAGGGAAAGUCUUGGUGCUUCACCAUAUUAUUGCUCAAUGAACAAAAUUCCUCCUUGUCAUCGACGACCCCAGAAGAGUGUAGUGGUGUGGUGUGUGUGAAGGUCGUGAGGCGAUGGUUCCUGAGCCCGCGGCCCCGCACACCUUCUGGUAGCUGGGGCCGCCGUGAGGACACGGCUGCGCCAUGGCCUGUAGGCGGCGGUGAAGAGGUGGCCCUGCCAUGGCCACACUGGCCACUGGCUAAGGUGGCCCAGGGGCGCCAUGGAGGCCGGCCCCUGGCGAGGAGUUAGAGACGCCAUCCUGCGGCUGUGGACGAGGCGAGACCCCCGGGACGCCCGCCAGGCUGACAAGGAUGACGAAAAGUCGCCCAUGUCGCUGGAGACGGUGACGGUGGACGCUGACGCGGCCACGGGAGGGCGGGGUGUCCCCGUGCCCACCGUGUCCCACUCCAGCCUGCCGCCCAUCCCCGUGCCCGCCCCGCCCACCAUCACCGGUCAAGGCACCAGCAAGACGGUCAGCAUCAGACUGAGGCCCCCGGGGGAGACGGCGCCCCUGGAGGAGGACGUGGAGACAGGGGAGCAGCAGGACCCCGAGGCCAACGUGUGUAAGGCUCAGGAGCAGCUCGACACCCUCAUCCGUAACCGCGGCUACCUGGUCAAGGACCACAUCCCCAGGAAGGUGCUGGAGAAGCAGGUCAUGGAGAACAUCCGCCGCAGGGAGCGGAUCGCCGAGAUCCUGCGGCAGGAGGAGGGCGUAGGCUCCGCGGGCCUCCAAGGAUCCCAGCAAGUGUCCAAGGAUCCGCCACCACCCCAAGAACACCCAGAGCGUUCCCUCGAGAUGAUCAACCUUCUCACUAAGGUGUGGUCGGUAAAAGGUGCCACGGUGCAGGGCAGAGGUACUGGGGACGUGGACUGGGCCAGAAGCCAGUUUGUCCAGGAGUGUGUCAGUGAACACAACAGACUACGGGACCUCCACUCUGCUCCUCCUCUUACUCUGUCUGAUCAGCUGUGUAACGAUGCUCAAGCCUGGGCCAACAGACUGGCUCAUUUUGGCCUCCUGGAGUACAGUUCCGAACACGGCCGAGGGGAGAAUAUCAUGACCUCCACCGCUAAGGAAGAACUUACAGGGUCAGCGGUGGCUCUGGCGUGGUAUGACACAGGGCGGACCUUCAAGUACGAGGUUCAUGGCUCAGCAGAUCUUGCCCACGCAGGGCCGUUCUCCCAGGUGGUGUGGGAGUCUACGAGAGCAAUUGGCGUGGGCAUCGCGAGGGGGUCAGAGGGCCGCACCGUGGUGGUGGCCCGCUACUGGCCACAAGGCAACGUGGGUGGCCAGUUUAGCAGCAACGUGAAGCCCCCGGCAGCUGACAGCACCCUGGCAGUGAUAAAGUCGGGGACGCCUACCAUGUCCCGCACCCGGCAGGAAGCUCACUUCUACGUCAGCAUCGCCCUGGAGCCUCCUGGCAAGAACAAGAAGGCGGAGAAGGAGAAGAUGGCCGCCUUGAGGCUCCCGGUAAAAAAAGUGUUGGGGAUAUCAGGAGAGAGUGUGUCAGGGGAGACUCUGCUGACUCACCCCGCCACCAUUGAGACUCUGGGGACGACCUUUGCCUCCUGUCGUAACGGGGCGGCGAGGACGUCCAAGCUGUUCCCUAUCUGCUGCGUGACGCCAGCCAAGACAGAAGAGCGAUGGGCCACCCCGAGUGCCCGCAGCCAACACCAGACACAGCAGCCGCAUCAGAUAGACGUGGCCACCAUUAGACGAACAGACGACGAGAUAAUGCCGUGUGCCACAGGUGCCAAAUUAGACAGUGGUGCGCACCUCAGUGCUGAACCUUCACAGAGACACAAAUCCACUUUGAGAGCGUCUCCUAGGUUAGGGGUCUCACCGAGAUUAGGAACCUCCCCUAGAUUAGGGGCCUCUCCCAGAUUAGGGAUCGCGUCUCGACUAGGGUCCUCGCCUAAAAUGGGUGCUUUACCUAAACUAGCUGCCUCUGCGCGGAUGGCUGCUUCACCAAAGCUAGUUGCAACUUCUCGGUUUGGUGGGUCACCUAAACGUGGUUCACCUAAACGCAGUAUGAGACGCGGUGCCUCGCCCAAGCCCGGAUCGUCACCGCGUCGGGGUGUCAACUCGCGGCUUCGAGCUCUAACAGGAACUGGAGAGCGCAACGUCAUCGUCGCCACACUGUAGCCUCGACCAAACUAUGCAGGAUGAGUGAUUUUUGUUAUUAUUGUUGCUAUUGUUAUUACAGAGACUACUAAGUGUGGCGAACUGGUGAACCGAAAGGCACAGCAGUGGUUCUCUCUGGACAAGAAACUCCAGAAUUCAGGUUAUAGAAGAUAGUCUCGGUUGACAAGAGGCAGGCGUGUGUGUGUACUGUAUGUGUAUGUGUGACGCAGGGAUGUACCUGACGCCGGACAUGUGACGACCACAGACACUAACAAGUUGCCCUGACAGCUAUAGCGACACCUCUUAACGUUAUAUAACCUUGUAGAUCUUACAACUCAAGCCUCCAUAACAAUGACCAUCGUCUACCAAUCACCAUAACUGCAUCCAUCAUGUUAUUUCCUCAUCCCUUGAGGCACUUGUCGUGUUUAUUCUUAUAUAACAUAAAACGUUAAACAUUAUCAGUCAUAAUGACUCGUCUACAAACAACAAAGUCGUCGCAACGGUUCAGGCAGCUUGUGUUAGCUGGUGUCACGGGGUUAUGUAGAGGCGAAAUAUAAUAAACAAAGUCAAGGUUGUGUGUAGGAACGUUCAAGCUCAACAACACGCUUAUGACGCGCUACCACCAAGGCACUCAGGACCCCCAACUAAAGAAAGUAACUUUGGAUUACACUUGUCGUGUGUGUUUCAGUAACAAUUACCUCAAAACUGUUCACGCCGAUUCUUGAAUUACAUCAUCGGUUCUACUCGUAGAGUAGUCAAUGUUUACAAGUGUUGCCGCGCCUCGUGCCUGGAGGCGUGGCGGAGGUCCUGACUGCACUUUGUGUUCUCACAGUCUUGAGUGUGACUUGAAUACAAUGAUCACUAAGUGAUAAACCAAGGUAAUGAACACUCCAGUCAGGGUCGUGCAUCUUAAAAAUGCCAUUUACGAUUCAGACUAAGAGUUUAAACACUAAAAAUUUAACGUGUUAGUGCCAAGCUAGGGUUAGUUCCUCUUAUUGUGCUAAAAAAUAAAAAAAUCAAGCUUUUUUAUAAGUUUGGCCUUAAAGGCAUCAUCAAUUCUUGCGAGCGUCGAUACAACACAGUAUUUUUUUUUAUAUAGCACUAUCAUCCCCCUCCACGCUGACAUAUCAUAGAGCGAUAUGGCUGAAAUAUCCCCCGUCUACAUGUGGCUCUCGUCUCUGCUUACAUGCUUCGUAGGGCUUCAUCCUUUUGGGGUCUGUGGGGACUGCCUGGCUGGGAGGAGUGUGUCCUUGUCUGAGGGACUGUGAGGACUGAUAUUACUUGGGGUUAGGAGUUGAGUUUACAAGGGAGGGCUAGAAGGACUGACUUUGUCAGGGGGCUGUAAUGAUUGACUUUGCUGAAGAGGCCAUGACGACUGACUUUGUUAGGGUCUGUGACAACUGACUUUACUGGAGGGACCGUGAGGACUGACCUUGUUGGGGGUUGUGACGACUGACUUUACCAGGAAGGCUACGAAGACUAACUUAAUUGUGGGGACUAACAUUGCUAUGGAGGCUGAGGGACCUCGCUGAGAAAGUACGGUGACUGACUUGUAAAGUAGGUGACGGUUGACAUUGUUGAGGACCGAGAGAAAUUACUUUGUUAAAGGAUGUAGGGACUGAUUUAGCUCGGGGGACUGUAGGAGGCGUUAGUAAAGAAAAAAGUCAGGUCGGUGUAGAGAGAGAGAGAGAGAGAGAGGAACAGGAGGAAAGGUUAGGAUCAGUAAAGCGCAGGUGUGUUGUGUCAGCCAGGGAGUCUCCACCAAUACUCCUCACCUCAACACUCGCUUACUUAGGCCGCUACUUUAAUGUCCGCGCCUCCACGCCAAACCACAACUGCACACAGGAACAUCUAGUAAUAUAAAUAAAUUUUAGCUAAAAUAAUGAGGGCAGUUUUGAAAGAAUGAUCCAUUCUUUCGGGAAACUUCAAAGUUGUGAUAUUUGCACACAUUAGAUCGUCUGGUUAUGAGAUUAUACCACCGUGGUUGGAAGGAAAUAUAUCUCCAUUGUUGACCUCUUGUGGUGAUGGCUCUGCGUAGUGCAGAUAGGUCGUCAAUCUUUGUCAAGCCGUCAGCUGAGGCAAGUUACUCUGGCCUUGUGUUAACAUUUAUAUUCACCUAUUUAAAGCAAAUUACAGUGCCAUAAUCCAGUUACCUUUGAAGAGUGGAUAUAUUUGUGUUUUUUAUGAAUAUAAAUAUCUAAAAUUCAUUAGAUGCAUUAAAUCCAUCGAGAAAGUGUGUAUAUAGCCAUGCACACGCACAUGUUCAUGCAUACAUACAGUAUAUAUAUACAUCUACAUACAAUCAUAUAUCUUCAUUGGAGCGUAAACAGGUUUUUUAACUCAUCAGCCUUAGGAGUGAGAUGAGAGCUGUGAUUGUCGUGGACAUCCUUAGUACUGUCGUGUGAGGGAGGGAAGCUGUCGCAACACUGAGCAAAAAAAACUUUUUCUCAAGUUGUCGAUUUUUAUGAAAACUAUCCCGUAGCUGCCAACCUACACGACGAUUGUAAUUAUUUAUGUGAAACGACUUAUUACACCCUUUUCAUUGACACUUUUCUUGGCCAUUCAUGCACAUGUACCGAUUAUUGAUGCUGUCUCUAUAACUUUCCUACUACUGCAUGUCAUCUCUAUUCUAAUCUUUAUCUUCAAAAUUCAUUCCUUAUAUUUCAUCUGCUGUUAACUUUAUCCGAUUUUCCUAUUUACGAUCAAACCUAGUUAAGAGUAGGUCUGAGAUAUAGACAAAUUUACUGUACCGUAUUGUAUUAUUUACCGUCAAUCAAAUAUACUUCGGGUUCUAUCUUUGACCUUCAAUAUAUGUAUCGAACCAUAAUAUGACCUUCUGAUAUGACAAACACAUUUUUAUAAAGUAUAUAUUAAUGCAUACCUUUGCUAUUCACUGUUCUUAAGUCAGUAUAUUUUCUUUUUACCGUUUUCUUUUAAAUUUUCGUAGGUACGCCUGGAAUAGAAUACGUUUUCUGUGAUCCCGAGUGACAGUAUUUUAAGGCAUUCUAUUGUAUUUUUCAAGAUAUCCGUUUACUUAAAUUACCAGAGGAAACACCUUGGUAUAUUCAAAGUCUCUUCGUUAUUCCUGGUGACACUGUUCACUUGUUCUGGCAUAUUUUAUAUAUAUGGG